GAUAUCUUCCUGUUCUUUAGGAAUCUGCUCAAGAGGAAGAGCCUGAAACAUACGCUUGCGCGGACAAUAGAGAUGGGUACGAGAAAUCUGCCGUUCAAGAUAAUUCUGGGUUCUUCAUCUAAGGCUCGCAAAGAAAUUCUAGCGGAGAUGGGAUACGAGUUCACCGUUGUGACUGCAGACAUUGAUGAGAAAGGUAUUAGAAGGAAAAAACCAGAAGACUUGGUAAUAGCCUUAGCUGAGGCAAAGGCAGAUGCUAUUAUACAAAAGCUUCUAGCUGGGGAAAAUUCGUUAAAGGAAGAUACUCUGGCAACACUCUUAAUUACUGCAGAUACGGUAGUGGUAUACCAAGGAACUAUAAGGGAAAAACCAACCAGCAAGGAACAAGCAAGGGAAUAUAUCAAAGGAUAUUCUGGUGGUAAUGCGGCAGUGGUAGGAUCUGUUCUGAUAACCAACCUUAAGACUGGAAAAAGAUGUGGGGGAUGGGAAAGCGCUGAGGUUUAUUUCCUUGAAAUACCAGACGAGAUCAUCGAUGCCGUGAUUGACGAAGGAGUUACAUUCAAUGUUGCCGGGGGUUUGAUGCUGGAACAUCCUCUGACGUUGCCUUUUGUUGAUGCAGUGGUUGGAUCAACCGAUACUGUCAUGGGUCUUCCUAAAGCUCUCACGGAGAAACUCCUAUUGGAAGCUCUAUAGUUUGCUGCAGUAUUACAAAUAUAAAUUGAUUAAUGCCAUGUGCUCCCUGCAGUUAUUAUGGCACACGCGUUUUGUGCUUCAACUUGUGUUUACCUCUGCAAAUUCUUGUAACGCAAUACAAACAAGAAUGCCAUUGAGACCUGCUAGCAAGUGUUGAUAGAAAUACAUUUUCUGUUUUCUAUUCAUCUCCCCAUAUGGACAGCAUGAUACUGAAUGAGAAGUGACCGAUAAUUGCUGAGAAUGAGAUGUGCCAUGUUCUUCUCUUCCUUAA